ACGACACAAUCACACAACAACUUGCUUCAGCGCACAAAUUAAGAGGAGGAAAAAAAAAACUCAAACUGAAACACAAAAUAUGGCGCUCUCAAUUAAAAUAUCACCCAUAUUAUUAGUCCUAUUACUCUCUCUUGUUUUUCUUUCAUCAUCAGCUUCGGCUUCAACUCUAGAGGACUUUAUCGAAUGCGUUUCACAAAAUUCUGACGUCUCUGUCCCAAUCUCCACAGCCUUUGUCACUCCAAACACUUCAUCUUUCACCCCUCUCUUGCAAUCCUCUGCUCAAAAUCUCAGAUAUUUAGUCCCUUCAGCUCCAAAACCGGAAUUCAUCUUCACUCCAUUGCAUGACUCCCACGUCCAGGCCUCCGUCAUCUGCUCCAAGAAGCUCGGAAUCCAUCUCCGAGUGCGAAGUGGAGGCCACGACUACGAGGGCCUCUCGUACGUCUCCCAAAUCGAAACGCCCUUUAUUGUUGUAGACCUCGGGCGUCUCCGAACGAUCGACGCCAAUAUUGAGAACAACACAGCGUGGGUUCAGGCGGGAGCGACAAUCGGAGAAGUUUACUACCGAAUCUCUGAGAAGAGCAGAGUUCAUGGCUUCCCAGCAGGGCUUUGCACGAGUUUAGGCGUCGGUGGGCACAUAACUGGCGGAGCUUACGGCUCUCUGAUGAGAAAAUACGGCCUUGGUGUUGACAACGUUGUCGACGCGAAAAUCGUCGACGUUAACGGGAGAAUUCUCGACAGAGAAGCCAUGGGGGAAGAUCUGUUUUGGGCGAUCCGAGGUGGCGGAGGAGCAAGUUUUGGGGUAAUCCUUUGGUGGAAGAUCAAACUCGUUCCAGUUCCGGAAACCGUGACGGUUUUCACCGUCGCGAAAACGUUGGAACAAGGCGCGACGAAGGUGCUCUACAAGUGGCAACAAGUAGUGGACAAGCUUGACGAAGAUCUCUUCAUUAGAGCCAUUAUUCAACCGGCGAGCAAAGGCAAGAACUCAACUGAGAGAACUAUUGUCACGGCUUUCCAAGCCCUGUUUCUCGGAGACUCCACAAGACUUGUCCAAGUGAUGGAAAAUAGUUUUCCUGAACUGGGUUUAACCAAAAAAGACUGCCUAGAAAUGAGUUGGAUUCAGUCUGUUCUCUACAUAGCCAGCUUUCCUAGCGGAACCCCGCCGGAAGUUCUUCUGAAAGGAAAAUCCACUUUCAAGAACUACUUCAAAGCGAAAUCGGAUUUCGUCAAGGAGCCGAUUCCAGAAACCGCGCUUGAAGGGCUUUGGAAGAGGUUUUUGGAAGAGGACUCUCCAUUGACGCUUUGGACACCUUAUGGUGGAAUGAUGAGCAAGAUUUUGGAGUCGGAAACUCCAUUCCCGCACCGGAACGGCACCGUUUUCAUGAUCCAGUGGCUGUCUUUGUGGCUUGAUGGUGAAAAUGACACCGCAAAGCACAUGGAUUGGGUUAGGACGCUUUACAAUUACAUGGCUCCGUAUGUUUCAAAGUUUCCAAGAGAAUCGUAUGUGAAUUAUAGAGAUCUUGAUUUGGGGAAGAACAAAAAUAACAAGAGUACGAGUUUUAUUGAGGCUAGUGCCUGGGGAAAUAAGUAUUUUAAGGAUAACUUUGACAGAUUGGUGAGUGUGAAGAGCAAAGUUGAUCCUGAUAAUUUCUUCAGGCAUGAACAGAGCAUUCCUCUGCUUCCGAGCUCAGCUAGAUGAUUUAGAAUCAAACUUUGAUCGGUUUAAUUGAAGCUAAUUUAGAGGAAUAUCUGUUAUGUGGAGCUGAUCGGAUUUGCCAUGUUAACUAGUAGAAUAAGUGAAAGAGAAAACUGUCUUUUUGUGUUCUUCUUUCCAGUGUUGUAGAAUAAUUGAUGUAAUAUGGUUUGUUCUCUAAUUAUUAAAAAAAAAAAAAGUUGUUUCUAAUU